ACGUCCUUGCCAUGUGAUUUAUCAUAGAAGCAUGCUAACGUGAAUGACCACACCGAAACAGAAAUGAAAGUGAUCGGGUGAAAUUAUGAAGCGAGUGGACAGAGACAUACAGCUUUACUCUAUCCAAUCAGAACAGCAGGAUCAAUAUACAGCCCACCCUUCUCUUUACAGACAGGCAACCUAGCCAGUUGAGCUAUUUAGAUGAUAUAGCAGCACCUUGCUUGACUGACUGACAAGAGAAAGAUGCGUUUCCGAUCACGGAUAAUAAAGAAAGACUCGGAUCAUAAUCGUAUCAAGAGAAUUGCUCAUUUCCUUCACCAUACUUGCUUGUUCGACUACUCGGCACACCUCUAGUAAUAACCACCUCCCACUUGGUUAUGAAUGCAGCAUAAAUUGACGGAGUAAUGCUGCAUUCAUGGAAAGUGGUAAGUACCAGUUGUGAAGUCAUAAUUCCAGUUGAUGCAUUCACAUGCUUUGAACUCUUUGAGAAACUGCAACUGGCUAAAAGCCAACAAGCUGCAUCAACCAUGGACAUCAUGCUUGAAAACAAAUUAUAAUGUUACAAAACCAUAUUAAUAGAUUACUUUUUAUAAAUAAGGUUUUGUUGCACUUAACUGCAGAAAAUGCUGUUCUGGAAGUAAUUUUCUUAGUAGAUGACGACAAAGGUCAGCAUGUGGGAGAAGUCUGAGCUCAGGGAUGAUAAACGUGUUUUCCUCUAGUAAUUACCAGUUGGAGGGGACGUUCAAGAGGAUGUUUUUCCCAGUCGUACAUGGCAAAUACAAGCUUCCCACUUGGUUAUGAACGUAGCAUUAGGCUACAACUUCUGUCAUCGCACUGUUCAAUGAUUCUGCUUUUUCGGUCGGUGAGGAAAUAUUAGGGUGAAAGGUUAGGCAACGUUAUAACUCCAAUGCCAGUAACAACGCCCACAGUUCCCUUCCGGACACUGCAACAGAUCGGUUACUAUACCCAAUCCUGAGAUCCACCGACAAGCCAACUUUCUCCAGCAGACUUGGGCGAGCCUGAACUGAAACAGCAGACGCGCAAGCACGGACCAAACGCCAGUCUCUACAGAUCUACUGUUUUUGACCAGAGGAGCAGAGCACCAUGGUUGUGUCCAAGGCCUGGACGUUACGCCAGCACUUCCAGGGUUUCCCCAAGGCUAGUGACUUCCAUCUGAGGGAGGAGACGCUGCCGCAGCCCAAGAAUGGACAGGUACUGUUGGAGGCUGUGUUCCUCAGUGUGGACCCUUACAUGAGACCCUACAGCCAGACGAUGAUGAAGGAGGGAGACGUUAUGAUUGGAUCACAAGUUGCCAAGGUGAUCCAGAGCUAUAACCCCAGCUUCCCGGUGGGCUGCCAUGUGGUCAGUGAUUGUGGAUGGAGGAGUCACUGGGUGUGUGAUGGGGCAGAGCUGACCCCUGUGCUUCCCGACUGGCCCCAGGACAUCCCCCUCUCCCUGGCCCUGGGGGCCAUCGGCAUGCCUGGUCUGACAGCUCUGUAUGGACUAGAGGAGGUGUGCGAGAUAAAGAAGGGGGAGACUCUUCUGGUGAACGCUGCAGCAGGAGCCGUGGGCUCAGUGGUGGGACAGAUCGCCAAGAUCAAGGGCUGCAGAGUGGUGGGCUGUGCGGGGACAGAUACCAAGGUGUCCUAUCUAAAGGAGCUGGGUUUUGACCAGGUCUUCAACUACAAGACUGCCACCUCCCUGGAGGAAUCACUCAGGGAGGCCGCGCCACACGGAUACGACUGCUACUUUGAGAACGUUGGGGGGAAGUUCUCCAGUGUAGUGAUGCCUCAGAUGAGAGAGUAUGGCAGAAUAGCUGUGUGUGGAAGCAUCUCCAUGUACAACGACACCACACCACAGACAGGGCCGUAUGUACACACCUAUAUGAUCUUCAAACAGCUGAGGAUGGAGGGCUUCCUGUGUGCUCGCUGGAAAAACAAACACCAGCAGUCACUGAGGAGGCUGAUGGCCUGGAUGACUGAGGGCAAGCUGAGAUGCAAUGAACACAUCACCAUUGGUUUCAACAACAUGCCUGCUGCCUUCAUGGGCAUGCUACAGGGAGACAACACCGGCAAGGCUGUGGUCAAGGUGUGAUGACAUCACAAUCAACAUUACACUCCUCCAGAACAUCUGGCUAAAGCAUUCCAGAACACUCAACUUCAUACACUCCAGGUUCUAGAACCAGAAUCUGUUUCACCUUAACAUUCCAGUAUCCUUCCUGAAAAUCACACUCUAGUGUUCUGUUCCAUGUUUAUUCAUAGACACGUUCAACAGACAGCUAGACAGGUUUUGGUCCAGUGUAAUUCAACAGACAGCCAGACAGGUUUGGUCCAGUGUAAUUCAACAGACAGCCAGACAGGUUUGGUCCAGUGUAAUUCAACAGACAGCCAGACAGGUUUGGUCCAGUAUAAUUCAACAGACAGCCAGACAGGUUUGGUCCAGUGUAAUUCAACAGACAGCCAGACAGGUUUGGUCCAGUGUAAUUCAACAGACAGCCAGACAGGUUUGGUCCAGUGUAAUUCAACAGACAGCCAGACAGGUUUGGUCCAGUGUAAUUCAACAGACAGCCAGACAGGUUUGGUCCAGUGUAAUUCAACAGACAGCCAGACAGGUUUGGUCCAGUGUAAUUCAACAGACAGCCAGACAGGUUUGGUCCAGUGUAAUUCAACAGACAGCCAGACAGGUUUGGUCCAGUGUAAUUCAACAGACAGCCAGACAGGUUUGGUCCAGUGUAAUUCAACAGACAGCCAGACAGGUUUGGUCCAGUGUAAUGCUAUUAACUAAAUAAACAUGUCUUCACAAUAUAAUGUUUAUAAUAAA